CGUACUCCGGGGGCCCAGUACCGUUCAAAGAUGCAGGCUGCCGGGACGCUGUGUGGUACCAGGACCAUCUCCCUUCUGGCACUCCUGGUACCUCUCAUUGGCUAUGCCUAUUCAAGUCCCAUUCAAUAUUUGCCCAGCAUCCCGGGAUACAUACCUGUUUAUAUAAGAUACGGAGAUGAGCCGUUGGAGGGAAUAAAUCCCGAGUUGGCCGAAGCUUUCGGGGAGACAUCAAAUUCGGUUAAGAGUUUGCAGAAGAUAGACCACACGCUCGCUCACGAAUCUGACAAUUUCAAAGAUGACGACAUAAAUACUUUUAUGGAAGAAUCGAACAGGGAGCAUGUUUAUCCGUUGCACGUUCGAGAAGCGGAAAGUCGUUCGUUCGCCGCUGUCAACGACAACGAGCCAGGGAACCCUAAUAAACCAAAGCUUUUGACCAUUUAUACAUUACCUGACGAUAACAAAAACGGGCCACGUAGACGGUCACAUUAUCGAGGGCCACGUAGACGUUAUCGAGAAAGAUCUAGGAUAAAAAAUUCUGGAAAACAACCCACGUUUAAGGUCAAUCCACUCUCCGACGAAGAAAAAGAAGAACUGGAAAAACUGGCGAUCGAGGUAGAGAAAGAGGAGACCAAACCGAAUGAACUCUACGCUCCAAAUCCCAGGUAUCCUGAAUCACCGUCUGAGAAUACACACAGUCGACAUAGAACGCACAAUUUUAUCGCGCCGAUAAAAGUGCAAGUUCCGCUCGACGAAACCCUGACAGACCUGCCGAAAAUUCCUCAAAUCAGCGAUUUUUCGCAAUCGGAUCAUGAUAUCGCUACAUUUGAAGCGGAGGAAGCGGAACUGCCAAUUAAAGGACAAGGUCCAGCUACAUUUUUGUCUAAUGUAGAUAAAUUGUCGCCUAUCGACUUGCCAAACGAAAAUGAAGCUAAUAAAAAUUCUAUAUCCGAAACUGAAAAAGUUAAAGAGAGACCACUUAUGAAGAUAGAUCUGCUAGAAAUACCACAAGAUACGGAUUUUUCGAAAUCUUCGGACGAACACAAUAUCGCUGCAGCUGAAGCUGAUAAAAAUGGAUCGCCCAUUAAAAUACAACGUCCAACAACAUUUUUGUCAAAUGUAGAUAAACUCUCGCCCAUCGCUUUGCCAAACGAAACCAAAACCAAUGAAAAAAAAGAAAUAAAAGACUUUAUACAGCAUGCCGACGAAGUUGCAACGGAUUAGAGGAUUAGAUAAUCAAAGCUUUUCAAGUAAAAAUUUUUUAUAACUUAUUUGUUGCAAUAAUACUGGAUGUUUCAAAUAAUAUUUUUCUUCAAUCAUAAAUUCUUCGAAGAAAUCUCGAGGUAAAAUUUUUCUUGAUGAACAAUUCACGAUAAGACAUUUGUCGCAAUGUUUUCACAUUUAUCCCGACGCUAAUUAUUAUAGAGUAAUUGAAAUUAUUUUUCUAAAAGUUAUUUUGCGGCGUUAAUUAAACUUAUUAUAAAAUUCGUCAUAAUUCAAAGUAUUUAUAGUCGAAAAAAAGUUAUAUUACGAUAAGUUUCAAGCACAAACCACUUGCGUAAAAAAAAUAUAUUUCUAUGAUUCUAAUUUAUAUUAUUGAUGAUGAGACAAUCUGUUUAUGCUAUUAGAAAUAAUACUUUAUUACACUAUGGACGUUACAGUCUUUUAAGUAACUGUUAUUGCUCUCAAGUUUGUAAAGUUUGUUUGCACAUUGUAAAUUAUGUUAAUGAUAAAACCACCGUGUAAAGUUAUUUUAGAAUAUUUCUAAUAAAAUCGCUGUCGCAGAAUUAUUCACAAUAGUGAAUACACAAAUUUA